GAUGUGAGUGAGGUUGAGAGAGACGAGAGAUAAAAGAGACUGAGAUUUAUGUAAAAUUGAAAUAAACUUUUUUUUUUUCGGUGUUUCUGCUUGUCUACAAUUGUUCAACUAACUAUUAAAAAAUUCUCACAAACCGGCUGGUAAUUAAUGUUAUCAUUUACCAAUACAAUUUAUUGGUCUAUUUAUCAUUACUUUUGCUCUGUUUAUUUAUAUCAAUAAGUACAGAGUAUUUAAUAAUAUACUCCCACAUAAAUUAAAUCCAUAAAACAGCUGGUGAAAAUAAAUUUUGUUAUCAAAAUUGAAAUCAAUUGACAGAUAACCAAAUAAAUAAAUAUAUUAAAUCGAGAGAAUAUGUAGUGCAAGUGCUUAGCUGCUCAGAUGCUAAAAGUGAGACCUUCUAAGUGGUGCAGAAAACUCGAAUCAGCUAUUAUUUAUAUGCUGAUACUACCUAGAUAAAGUUUUUAUUUUUUAAACGUCAGUUAUUUUACUUGGGGAGCACCACAGUGAUUGCUGGAGAUAUAAUGGCUCUCAGGAAAGUUAAAGGAAAUUUUGAAAGGAUGUUUGAUAAAAAUCUUACGGACUUGGUUCGGGGGAUCAGGAAUAACAAAAAUAAUGAGGCGAAAUACAUAACACAGUGUAUAGAAGAGAUUAAGCAAGAAUUAAGACAAGACAAUGUUGCUGUGAAAGCUAAUGCCGUUGCUAAAUUAACAUACCUUCAAAUGUUGGGAUAUGAUAUCAGCUGGGCUGGUUUCAAUAUAAUUGAAGUAAUGUCAUCCGGAAAAUUCACUUAUAAGCGCAUUGGAUACCUUGCUGCCAGUCAGAGUUUUCAUAUGGACACCGAGUUACUGAUGCUGACAACAAAUAUGAUACGUAAAGAUUUAAACAGCCAGAAUCAAUAUGAUGCAGGUCUAGCCUUGAGCGGGCUCUCAUGUUUCAUAAGUCCUGACCUGGCACGUGACUUGGUCAACGAUAUAAUGACCUUGUUAACCAGCACAAAGCCUUAUUUGCGUAAAAAAGCCGUUCUUAUGAUGUAUAAAGUAUUUCUGCGCUUCCCUGAGGCUCUGCGUCCAGCAUUCCCGCGUCUAAAAGAAAAACUCGAGGACCCGGACAGUGGAGUGCAGUCCGCAGCAGUAAAUGUCGUCUGCGAGCUAGCUAGGAAAAAUCCCAAAAAUUAUCUCAGCCUUGCGCCAAUAUUUUUUAAGCUCAUGACCACUUCUACCAACAACUGGAUGCUCAUUAAAAUAAUUAAACUGUUUUCAACAAUAACGCUGAUCGAGCCAAAAUUGGGCAGGCAAUUGACCCAACCGCUCAUUGAUCUGAUAUCAAGUACCUCAGCAAUGUCCCUGCUGUACGAGUGUAUAAACACAGUGAUAGCCGUCCUAAUAUCAAUAUCCUCCGGAAUGCCCAACCACUCUGACUCAAUCCAACUCUGCGUGCAAAAAUUACGAAUUCUAAUCGAAGACUCCGAUCAAAAUCUAAAAUACUUAGGCCUUUUAGCAAUGUCAAAAAUUCUAAAAACCCACCCUAAGAGCGUUCAAGCGCACAAAGAUUUAAUAAUGCAGUGCCUUGACGACAAAGACGAGAGUAUCAGAUUACGCGCUUUAGACUUAUUAUACGGAAUGGUCUCCAAGAAAAACCUAAUGGAAAUAGUCCGGAAAUUAAUGAUCCACAUGGACAAAGCCGAAGGAACAACUUACCGCGACGAAUUGCUCUCAAAAAUAAUCCAAAUAUGUUCCCAGAACAAUUACCAGUUCAUAACUUACUUCGAGUGGUACAUUUCUGUCCUCGUAGACUUAACCCGAAUGGAAGGUACCAAACACGGACAAUUAGUAGCAACCCAAUUGUUAGACGUAGCAAUUCGCGUGCAAGCAAUCCGAAAGUGCGCAGUCCAACAAUGUGCCUUAUUACUCAAAAACGCGCACUUGCUAACCGGCCAACCUAGAGCCACAAUGUGCGAAGUUCUCUACGCAGCUGCUUGGAUUUGCGGUGAAUUCUGCAGCGAGCUUGAUGACCCAAUAGCUACCUUGAAGUCUAUGCUUAAAUCCCAGGCUUCUAGCCUUCCUGGACAUAUCCAGGCGGUUUACGUCCACAAUAUUUUAAAACUAGCUGCUAUCACUUUAAACAAAGCUUAUUCUGAAGAAGAUCUAGCAACAAUUGAUCAGAUUUUUGAGCUUAAAGACAAAAUGGCUGAGUUUGUCUGUAGCGGUGAUCUAGAAGUCCAAGAACGGUCUUCAGCCGUUUUGGUUCUGUUUGAUUAUCUGAAGGAAAAUCCUGCACUAAUUCCUGAACUAGCAGCGACUUUUGAAGGAGAAUUGAACCCAGUAGCUCCCAAAGCUCAAAAGAAGGUUCCAAUUCCUGAAGGAUUAGAUCUAGACACUUGGAUCAAUGAUCCUCCUUCUGAGACUUCUGAUGAGGAAGAUUUAGAUAUGAAUGACAUUUUUGUUAAGUCAGAAAAAUCUGAGUACGCUGGAAGGAAAGUUUCGGUUGAACCGACGGCUGAAGAACUGCAAAAAAGGCGCGAAGCUAGGAAACUCGAGCAAGAAAACAAUCCUCAUUAUUUAAAAACUACUGCCAGUCCUAAGAAUAAUUCUGAGUAUAAGAAUGAAGAUUAUGAUCACAUUCCUAUCACGGAAUUAGAUAUUCCCGUUGAGCUUAAAGUAAACUCGUUUUCUAAUUCUAAGUUGCUUAAUUUGAGUGAUGUGGAUAAGAAGCGCAGGAAGGUGCAUGGGAAGAAGAAGAAGAAGUCUAAGAAGAAUAAAAACCAGUCGAGUAGUGAUGAUGAUUUGGAUGGUGGGUAUCCCACGCAUUUUGUUAAUACGGGGGUGGGUGAGUUGCCGCCUGGGGCGGAAUUGAGCGAUAAUGAUGACACUAAUCUGACUGAUGCUAAUGAUCCUCAUCGCGCGCUUAAUAUUGAUCUUGAUGUUCCGUUGAGGGAGGAUGAAAGGCUGCCUGUUCCGGAACAUAGGGCUGUUUUGGGAGGGAUGGACAGGGGGAAGAAGAAAGGUGAAAAGGAGAGAGCUAAGAAGAAGAAGAAGGGUAAGAAAGAAAGUGAGAAUGAGGGGUUGAAUAAUAUUGAUUUGUGGCUGGGGAAUGAUGCGGUUGAUAAGGAGAAUGAUAAGGUGGAUAGUGAUGAAAAGGGGAAAUCUAAAAGGUCUAAGGCGAAGAAAAAGGAUGCGGAGGAUAGUAGGAGGCGCAAGAAGAAACAUGAGGGAAAGAAGCAAAAACCGUCGGGUUAUGAGGAAACCGCGGGGAUUUCAACGCCUUCUAAGGAAAUCUUGCCGGGACUUGCGAGCAAUUGUGAUGAGAUUGGAGUUGGAAAUGAUUCGGGUAAUGUUUAUGAGUUUCAGGGGUACUUGGAACUGGCGAGUAAUGAUAAAGUGAAGAUGACUUAUGAGCUGAAGCAAUUGCCGCAUGAGGUGGGAAGGAUAAUUGCUGUGGUGACGUUGAGCAACUGUGGGAAUAAAUUGCUCAAGGAACUGGACCUUGAUGUGUCCGACGCGUCUUCUUUGAAGUUAGUUAGGAGUCUUGGAGAAGAGUCGGGGAUUAAGAUUAGAGUUCCGCUGGCUGCUUCCGCGAGCACUGAAGUUCAUCUUCCGAUUAUUGUCGCUGAUGAUACUUAUGCUCAGAAGUUAAGAGGGGCGCUGACUUAUAUGGUGGAAAAUUCUGGAGGGUGGAUUCAGGAAAAAUUGGACUUUACUCUUAGGCUUUCAAACUGCAGUUUUUUGAUGGGAAGUUUGUCGCAUAGUUAUGUUUUUACGGAGUUACUCAGCGGGGAUCAACUGAUGUUCAAGACUAAGAAUAAAGUUAAACUUACGAGGGACUUUACUCGGUCUUUGGAAAUUAUUUGUCAAAGAUGUCAUUUUACUCUUGUUGAACAGGUUGAUGACAGUGCUUCGCUUUAUGGGCAAUCUCUAAAGGGUCAUCAUGUGUGCCUUUUAGUUAAAAAAAAAUCAUCAGAUAAUUCUUCCUGCCUUAUAAUUGAAGGCAAAGGAGAUAACAAUUCAUUAUUAUCAGGAGUUGUUAAUGAAAUAAUUGAAGUACUGGCCAAUUAGGUUGAUUAUUAAUAAAUGAAACUUAUUAAAAAAAUAAUUAUAAAUAUUAAUU